AGAGUGUCACAGCAAUUACUUCCAGUUCCUGGCUGCAGACUGUAUAGGUACUUUGAUAUAUCAGAUUGUACAAGUAGUAGUACUAGCAUGUUCCUGGAGCAGUUGUAUAUAUCAGGUUGUUCAGGACACUAGUAGACUGUUGCUUCUUUACUGUGACGACCCGGUGGCUUCCAAGUGUUUGUCCCGAAUCUAGUGAUUAAAGCAUCCCUGAUGACAAGUCUGUUUGGACUUCACUUCAAACCGCAGUGUGCAGCGUGGACUCAACAGUCACAGUUUUUAGAUAGGUACUGAAUGGUAGUCAUCACAAAAAUUUCAGAAAACACUCCUGCCAAGUGAAAGUGAAACAUUAUUGCACAAAUUUAUAUGAACUACCAAUGGCCUGCAUAAUGGAGUUGUUUCAAGUCUGUAUAUUUCUGUUCACCCUGGAGCUGUCUUUGUCUAUAGCAUCAGAUGUGAAGAAACAGAAGAAUAAUUCUGGACUGCAUAUUUAUAAAAAGUUGUUUGAGACUAAACGUAAGGAUCAAAUGAAUGCUUUGAGAAACCUAAUCGAGCUUAAUGAUGUCAACCAGCAAUACAAAAUUAUUGAUAUCAUGUUGAAGGGCCUUUUUAAGGUUUUAGAAGACUCCAGAGCAGUUUUGAUUGCAGCCGAUGUGCAGCCAGAUGGAGGCUUCCCACAAGAUGAAAAAAUUAAAGACGCUUAUUCACACAUUUUGGAGAAUACCGCUUUCUUUGGUGAUGUAGCAUUGCGUUUUCCCCAGAUUGUUCACCAUUACUUUGACCGGAACUCUAACUGGAACAAUCUUAUUCGAUGGGGUCUCAGCUUUUCCAAUCAGAGUGGGGUUUUUGAUGGUGGCCCUCAUUCUCAACUGCUUGGACUGAUGGCACAGGAACUGGGCAUCAGUGAGAAGUCUCCAGACUACCGGAAUCCAUUUAAGACUGAUCGUCAUGAGUUUCUGCAUGGUACAGAAGCCUUCCAGAAAGCACUGAGAGAGGAAGAAAAAAGACGGAAGAAAGAAGAGAAAAGAAAGGAGAUCCGAAAAGGACCCAGAAUCACACGAUCACGGUCUGAACUUUAACAUAAACUGAGUCCGGAAAUCUUGAGAACAGUACACUGUCAUGUCUGAUAUCACUUUGCCAAGUUGAGAAUGAGGACAAAACUACAAUUAUUGAUCCACCGUGGGACCCUAUCAAACUAUAUUAUAAUAUUUUUGUUUUGUAAUCCUGCUCUGACAUACCCUAGUAGAUGUGUGUACAAUAUCAGAGCCUCCCUUUUUGUUCUACCAGGGCUUCUGCUUGAGUUACUUCAUACUGCAGGUUUUUAGAGUGUCAUGACUGCCAUAUGAAUGUAGUUUGUACUUAAUCAGGAGGGGUUAUGGGGACCAAAACUUGUCAAAGUUCUUUCUGGUUCCUGUCUUUUUCCAGUGUCACUACAGUCUCGAGUGCUUACAUCCUGAUGCAGGAACUCUCUGCACUGCUGCCUUGCAUGAAAAAUUAAUAAGCCCUGCGUGGACCAUUAAGCUCUCCAUCUCAGUGAAGGACAUCAGUAAAAUGGUUCAGUAUGAGACUGUGCUUUAAUCUGCUUGCAAACUAAGCCUUCAACAAUUCUGUCAGCAGUCUUUUUCAUUUGCCUUUUGUUUUCUAAAUGUCAUACUGUGAUAUUUAGAAAAAGUUGCUGCUGCCUUUUAAAACGGAUGAUAAUGUGAAUGUUUUCAUAUGCUGCUUUUCAACAACAGAUAUUUGAAUUUUUAUGUUUACAGAUCAUUUUAUGAGGUUUUUUUUGAGGCAUUUGAUAUCUUCAUUAGCCCUAAGAUCUAGCAAUUUUAGCAUGACAAUGUUUCAUGUUAAUCUGUGAGGAUGAUGCUAUGAACUGUAAAGAUAUUGACAAAAUCUUAUAGGAGUCAUACUGUGUGCUUCUUACAAUUGAAUUAAUUCUUUAUUGAUUAUUUUGGUUGUUAAUACUCUUACAAUUCCAAAAUUUUUUAAGACAGGUGUAAAGUGAUGCAGCAGUAAAAUAAAUGUGUGUGAAAAUGUU